UUUAAUUACAUCAGCUGAUACUUUUAAAACUUGAUAAUAGAGGAGCUAGAGUAGAAGAUAAUAUAUACAAAACAUAACCUAAAUAAGAGUUGCAUUUGUUCUUUAAAGAUCUAAUUUAAAAUGUCGCUUAAAAGAAAAUUAACACAAGAUGAUUUGCGUAAAGCUAUGAGUGAACACAAAAAGAAAAUAGGAGUAAUUAAAAAAAUUGAUUCGCCAUUAGCAAAAUAUACAGAUGCAGGACAACUUAUGUGUAUUUUAUGCAAAAGCAUUAUACGCAAUGAGACAGUUUGGCCAAUACAUUUAAAUUCAAAAAUUCAUAAGGAAAAUAUCAUUCAAGCAAAGAAAACGAAAUUAGAAACAGAUUCUACAAAAAUUCAAAUACAUAAAAGGUCUUCGUCUCCUUCACAAGAAUCAUCAACGAAUAAAAAAAUCAAAAGUAUAUUAAAAAAUUCUACACAAUCAGCACAAAUACCAUCAAAUUUAUCAUCAAACUUCUUUGAUAAUCCCUCUAAAGAAGCUAAUAAUACAAAAUUAUCAAAUACUUCUGUGAUAACAACAAGGUUGGAAAAUGAUAAAGAAUUUGUGGUUGAAAAAGAUAUAAAGAAUAUAGAAGUAGAAGAGGAGAAAGAAAAAGAAAAAAAUAAAGAUACAAAUCAACAAUCUCUUCCAGAAGGAUUUUUUGACGAUCCAAUUUUAGAUGCUAAAGUUCGUAAUGUUGAGUAUAAAAAUCCUAUAGAAGAGGAAUGGGAAAAAUUUCAGAAAGAAAUCAAAGAAGAAACAGCACAAUCUGCACAAAUUAUUGCAGAUGAUCAAGAAGAGGCAACAACAGAAAGACAAUUAGAUGAAAUAGAGGAACAAAUAAGACAUUGGUCUAGAGUAAUGGAUCUAGUAAAACGUAAAGAACAAGUACAAGCUACAGAUAGGAAACAGAAAAAUAUAGAUGAAGAUAUUUCUAGCGAAGAUGAAACCGAAUUCAAUGAAUUUCUGGAUUGGAGGGCCAAAAAUUCUUAUAAAUGAAAUUAAUUUUAAUAUUAAUGUACAGUAUUUAUGGUCUUGUAAAUAUGUGAAAUUAUAUUGGAAUUAUACUUUCCAAAUACUUUUGAAAUUAUUCUAUAUAUUUAAAA